UCUAGCCGUAACGGCGGCAGCUGGUGCAGCCGAGCAGGCGACUUUGUUCCAGCCGAAGCUUCGCCGAGCAAAUCGCUCGGAAAAAGUGUCAACACAGCACGCAAAACGGUCCGUGCCGGGAUUCGGGGUCAGUGGCCUUUGAGGGAACUUGCUCCGAGCACCCCAAGUCCACCUUUUCGCCCAGUAAAGAGGGCUUUCUUCAAAGUUGAGCCGAAACGGAGUUGUCUCGUUCAGGAUGUCGGACUGAGACAAAGGGGUCUGGGGGGCAUUCCCGACGGAGCGGUGAGUGGCACGUUGAACAAGGUCCAAGCAGAUCCUGAAAGGCUCUUCUGGAUGGGAAAAGAUGGAAAGAGAGCUGCAAUGGUGGAAAGGACAACUUGCUGCAGACAUCCAUCAGUCCCUCCGCAUCAAGGAGUUGAAGUUACCCGUCUAUCGAGCCCAUUCACCGCAGAUUGGCAUGCGUCGCUACUUUGCAGACUUGUUGGCCAUCCUGAGUAAUCGCUACCAGUUAUGUCCAACGGCACGCCACCUCGCCGUCUACUUGCUGGACCUCUUCAUGGACCACUACGAUGUGGCCGUCAAGCAGCUCUAUGUCAUUGCCCUGUCCUGUCUGCUCUUAGCCAGCAAAUUUGAAGAGAAGGAGGACAGAGUGCCGAAACUGGAGCAGCUGAACUCGCUGGGCUUCAUGUGUAAUUUGAACAUGGUUCUCAACAAGAAGGAUCUGAUCAAAAUGGAACUUCUGCUGCUGGAGACCUUUGGCUGGAAUCUGUGCAUGCCCACACCGGCCCACUUCAUCGACUACUACCUCAACGCUUCAGUGCAAGAGGGAGAUCUGUACAACGGCUGGCCCCUGUCUUCCCUCUCCAAAACUAAGGCUUUCAUGGACAAAUACACUCACUACUUCCUGGAAGUCUCACUGCAAGAUCACACCUUCCUUAGUUUCCGGCCAUCCCAAGUUGCUGCCGCGUGCGUGGCAGCGUCGCGUAUUUGCCUCCAGAUUUCCCCGAGCUGGACAACUGCGCUGCAUCUACUGACCGGCUACACCUGGGACCACCUGACCCAGUGCAUCGAACUCAUGCUGCUUGCUCACGACAACGACGUAAAAGAGGCCAACAAAACCAAAUGCGCCCCUCCGCACCGAGCUUCCUCUCUGCAAUCUCAGGGCCAAACUUCUCACCUCUCUCCGGUGUCAACCAUUCAGAGACCGCCGUCUUCGUCCUCCACCUCCAGCACACCGCAGCUGCUCUUUCAGCCGGACCGCUUCCCAAACCUCUCCCAACAUUCCCCCUCCCUGUCUCAACUGCAAACGCUUGCUGACGCUCAGGCUCUGGGGCCUGUGGUCAACGUGUCUCAGGACUUUUUUCAGAGCCACCGGGUCGGGCUCCUGAGCGGGGCUUCUUGCCUGGCCGCCGGGGGCGGCUUUCCUUCCUAUUCAAGUCUGCCCUCCGGCCUCCAGGCGGGAGCGCGUGCGCUGCCGCUGCAGGGCCCCAUAUCCGUUCAGAUGGCCCUCGCCGGAGAAGCUCACCACUGCCUGAGCGUGGCCUACACCGGAGGCUACCUGGGGGCCCAUCACACUUUCGCGGCCGGCUGCUUCGACAGGUGACGCCAGGAGACGGAGGGAGAACGGCAGAGGGAGAGCGCCGCGGCUCUCCCGUCCCCGUUGCCUCUCGCGGGUCUGUCCUCUCUCUCCGUCGGCACGGCAACACCUUCGGCGCGUCCCGCCCUCCCUCCCCUCUCGCAGAGACAUCUCAAACGCAAGCAGCGGUCCAAAGACAAAAGAGAUCCGGUAGAGGUCAUCACUCUGACAUGACUGAUUUCUCCUCAGAAACUUGACUGACAUCUCAGAUUGUGACUGAGAUGAAAACAGUGCCAAGUUUUGUAAAAGUGCAAAAAAAAAAAACCUAACACAACAACAACAACAAAGCUGUGAAAAAAAUAUUUUCCCAUUUUGAUUUUAUAGACACAUAUACAUUUAUAUCUAUCUAUAUCUACAGAUAGAUGGAUAGAUAGAUUGUAGAAGACUCAUUCUACCAAAAUGACCAUAUUUUUGGGAUGGAAAACACAUACUGGGGCACCAUUGCCGAGCAGUUUGUGUUUUCGGGUCGUGCCAUGUGAAGGAAACGCGUGCGCUCUUCGUGUUGGCAAACAUUGAUUAAACGCAUGUAGGCUGCAUCAAACCCGAAAGGGCCUCUCUGGGAAUUCCUCACCGCAUUAGUCCGUGAAGGGGCGGAAGAACUCCUUGUUUGGUGCACAGCAGGUGCGGUUGGCAGCUUAAAAAAAAGCCCUCACUGGCCCGCUAAGUCAAAACCUACAAGAAUCUCUCGUCACCGCUUCCAAAGGCGUGCCUUGCAGCGCACAUAAGGUGAACCAAGUUUUAAAGCCGGUGUCAAAGAUUUGAUGUGACUGGACCAGCAUGGGGAAGCAGACCUGGAAGUGGUGUACUGUACAUAUAAAAUGCUGCUGCUGCCUUCUAUUGAGCUGCUGGGUCGGUCUGUGUUGACAAUGUUUACGUGAACCACUUAAGUAUCAGGGACUUGAACAAAAUUACUUGAAUAUUACAUUGGAACAUGCCAUCACUUUUUAUUUAUAAACUUGCGUUUGGAUGUCUUUUUUUUUUUUUUUAAUACCAACCUAGAACAUACCAUUGUUGUCAUAAAGGCUAAAACUCACCUUCAUCCUGCGCUAAAAUGCUUUAAGUCAGGGUUGGGGAACUUACCAGCCACGUGUUUGUAAAAAAAAAACAAACAUUUGAGAGCGACUGAAUCCCCAAAACAUUGAACCCACACUCAGCGCAGCAAUGUAGGGGGGUGCCAGAAAGUGUACUGUAUUCCCUCGAAAGAUGUUUCAUUCCCAAACAUGAUGCAUGAUGGCAUUUGCAACACAAACAUCUGCAUCCGGUUGCGCGUAAUUGCAUUCCACGUUUGUAAAGUGCCCAGUUUUCCACUUCCUGUUACUUUUAAACACAUCCAGAUUGUGUGUGCCAGUGUUCAGAGGAGAUACCACAAACGGUCUUUCACUCCCAAACCCAUUUUAUACGUUGGACCCAGCUGUUUCGAUGGACUUGACGUUUAUUAAAGAGUUAUUUCCUCAAGUGACGAAAGGGUUCUUUUCAUUCACUUCUUUUUGGGAAUCUCGUGCCAUGUAGAUUUCAAUGCGCUCAUUCCUUGUGACUUCUUGAUCGACCUGCCACAAAGGUGCAAUAUGCUUUUUCCUGUCUGAACACCACUGCUUCACUCCUUUUUCUAAGUUAUUUGGAACAAUUGUGUGACCUGACUUACUGUCACCCUUCCGCUAGAGAGCAGUCGGCUCUCGAAACACAAUGACUAUGUUACAUAUUGCAGCCACCACCUUUGAGUGAGAGGUGUCACUGGAAGCAUUUGUCUCUAGAUUAGUGCAUCACUGCGUGUUUUAUUUGUCUUCUGUGAGUGGUGCUGAUUUGACUCGCACCGAACUACACUGACACACCAAAAACGUCCAAGUUAUAUUUUGAUUUUGUUUUUAUUGUAUUAUUUUUUUAAUGUACCAUCUCAUAGUUUUGCUUUGUCACACUGAAUUGUAAAAUGGUGUAUUUUUUAUUAUGAUGUGCCAUGGAAAAAUAAACAUGUAAAAACUGA